CCACGCUGCCUUUCAGUGGAAUAAUGAGGCUGAACAUGACCGGCAACGCUAAUGAAACUCUUCAUUCACUAGAGGCACCAAAGGGUGACUUUUCAGGACAUUUUGGUGUUCCUAUCAGAUCAAAAUAGAGCAUUUUUCAAAGCUUCCAGGACGAAAGAAUGCAGUUUAGGGAUGGACCUCUUGGUGUGGAAAAGACUUCCCAUCGUUUAUCUGCUCAGAGGAAAGCAAACUGACGGCGGACCGCAGGUUUAACAGCUUACAGCUGAGCAUCAGGCUGACUUUUAAUGUUUUAGGAGUGGAUUUGUGUCUCUAUGUGCUGUUACCGUUGAAUAAGUGGCAUGUCUGGAACCAAAGCAUCACGUGGUGAGUUUACAGACUCCGACCCUGAGGACAAAGAGGAAGUGACGGCAUCGGUGUGUCUGGAGACAGACCUUCAAGAUGGACAGAUGAUGGAGGUGGACAUCGGACGUUACAGCGUGCUGUUGACGCGCUGCAAUGGCAAAUACAGCGCGAUUGGAAACCAGUGUACGCACUACGGCGCUCCACUCAGCAAAGGGGUUCUUACAGGACACAAAGUGCGCUGCCCUUGGCAUGGCUCCUGUUUUAACGCAGUUACAGGAGACCUGGAAGAGUUUCCUGGCAUCGACUCUUUACCUUGUCACAAGGUCAGAAUUCAAAACAGUAAAGUGUAUGUGACCAUAAAUAAAAAGGACCUCAGGCAUCAGAAAAGAUUGCAGCGCAUGGGAACUGCAGUACCAGGAGAGAAUCAGACAGUUCUUCUGCUAGGAGGAGGAGCUGCGUCACUGAUCUGUGCGGAGACUCUGCGGCAGGAGAACUUUGGUGGCAGGAUCAUCAUGGCCUCCAGGGACGACCUCCUACCUUAUGACAAAACCCGACUUAGCAAGGUAAUGAAUGUGUUGAGUGACACUAUUGUGCUGAGGAGGAUGGAGUUUUUCCAUCAGUACGGCAUUGAGGUGUGGCUCCGGAAAGAAGCAAUGUCGGUGGACACAGAGAAGAAGACGGUUACUUUCGCUGAUGGUUUAGUCCAGAGCUACGACCAGCUGCUUCUUUCAACCGGCUGCAGAGCGAAGGGUCUGGACGUGCCAGGUAUGAAGUUGGACAACAUCAAGAUGUUGGAGACUCCAGAAGACGCCCGACAAAUCCAUGCUGCCUGCUUAGGCUGCAACGUCGUCCUUGUGGGAACUUCCUUUGUUGGCAUGGAGGUGGCGUCUUACAUGAUAGGCAAAGCCUCCACUAUCACCGUAGUCGGGAGCAGCGAGAUGCCGUACCAAAACACUCUGGGCCUUGAGGUCGGGAAAAUCACCAUGAUGAUGCUGCUGGAAAACGGCGUGAAGUUCUACAUGAAUGAUCAUGUGAUGGAGAUCAAAGGUGUUAAUGGAAAGGUGAAAGAGAUCGUGCUUAAAAGUGGCAAUAUUAUCCCAGCUGAUGUUUUGAUUGUGGGUAUUGGGAGCCUUCCCAACUCAGAGUACCUGCGAGGCACUAAAAUACAGAUGAACGCCAAAAAUUUUGUUGUUGUUGACAAGUACAUGCAAACAAAUAUCCCUGAUGUAUUCUGUGCGGGCGACUUGGCCUCCUUCCCUCUGGCUGUAGCCAAAAACCAGUUAGUCAACAUCGGACACUGGCAGAUGGCACAGGCACAAGGGAGGAUAGCUGCUCUGAACAUGCUGAAGAAAACAACUGAACUCACCUCAGUUCCUUAUUACUGGACCGUCCUACUGGGUAGAACCAUCAGAUAUGCAGGAUACGGGGAGGGAUACACUGAGAUAGUACUGAAAGGAAACUACGAGUCUGAGGAGAGGAAGUUCCUGGCUUUGUACAUCAAGAAUGAUGAGGUCAUAGCAGCGGUGGGCCUGAAUUACGAUCCUGUGGUGUCGGCUGUAGCCGAGAGGCUCCUGUCAGGGAAAGUCAUCACAAAGAAAGAGGCUCAAUCGGAUGAGCCCAGCUGGCUUCAGGUUUCCUGAUCUGCAUCGAGUCGUCCACUCUCAUGCAGCCGCAAAAUCAUCGGUUCCCAUGAAGGACAAGCAGUCUGGACCCUAAAACAUUAAAGGACGCCGCGGGUUCAUGGUUCUAUGUUCUGGAGCUGGAAAAACUCAUCACAAUGCAGUCAUCUAGCAGGGAAUCCACCACAACUGAUACCUCAAAUGGAUGCAGCUUUGGGACAUUUUUAGUCCUGAUAUUUGUCCUUUUUUUUUUUUUUUUUAACCUAAUAAAGUUUGUCUACAGGAG